ACACUCUCUCAUAUCCUUUCACUUUUCGUUGGAAACAAAGAGAGAAUAAUGAUGGUGUAUCCGUUCUCUAUGAUUGCUAUUUAGUUAACCACUUCAAGAGCUUAAAAAAGAAGAGAAUUGCCAUAGGGUAUAUUGAAGAAAGAAGAGAAGCAGCAAAAAAAACUAUGAAGUCUUUCUGUGAUAAUGAUGAUAAUAGUCAUAAUAAUACGACUAAUUUGCUAGGGUUCUCGUUGUCUUCAAAUAUGUUGAAAAUGAAUGGAGGAGGAGGAGAAGCUCACUACUCAUCUACGUCUGCUUCAGCUGCAACUUCUUCUGUUCCACCACAGCUUGUUGUUGGUGACAACAGUAGCAACUAUGGAGUUUGCUACGGAUCUAACUCAGCAGCUAUGUAUUCACAAAUGUCUGUGAUGCCACUCAGAUCUGACGGUUCUCUUUGCUUGAUGGAAGCUCUUAACAGAUCUUCUCACUCUAAUCAUCAUCACCAUACUCAAGUUUCAUCUCCCAAGAUGGAGGAUUUCUUUGGGACCCAUCACAACAACACUAGUCACAAAGAAGCCAUGGAUCUUAGCUUAGAUAGUUUAUUCUACACUACCACGCAUGAGCCAAACAACAACACGAGCUUUCAAGAGUUCUUUAGCUUCCCUCAAACCAGAAACCACCAUGUCGAAGAAACAAGAAACUACGAGAAUGUCCCUGGUUUGACACAUGGAAGAGGAGGGUCUUUUAAUGUAGGGGUAUAUAGGGAAUUUCAGCAAUCGCUGAGCUUAUCCAUGAGCCCUGGAUCACAAUCUAGCUGCAUUACUGGCUCUCACCACCACCAAAACCAAGCUCAGAUCACUGAAGCUUUGGCCGAGAAAAGUGCUGGAUUUGAGACCACAACAUUGGUGGCUGCUGCAAAAAAGAAGAGAGGACAAGUUGAAGUUGGGGUUGUUGGACAGAAACAAAUUGUUCACAGAAAAUCUAUUGAUACUUUUGGACAAAGAACUUCACAAUACCGAGGCGUUACAAGACAUAGAUGGACUGGUAGAUAUGAAGCUCACCUAUGGGACAAUAGUUUCAAGAAGGAAGGUCACAGCAGAAAAGGAAGACAAGGAGGUUAUGAUAUGGAGGAGAAAGCUGCUCGAGCAUAUGAUCUAGCUGCACUCAAGUACUGGGGUCCCUCUACUCACACAAAUUUCUCUGUGGAGAAUUAUCAGAAAGAGAUCGAUGACAUGAAGAACAUGACUCGACAAGAAUAUGUUGCUCACUUGAGAAGGAAAAGCAGUGGUUUCUCUAGGGGUGCGUCCAUCUAUAGAGGAGUCACCAGACAUCACCAGCAUGGGAGGUGGCAAGCUAGGAUUGGUAGAGUGGCUGGAAACAAAGAUCUCUACCUCGGAACUUUUGGAACUCAAGAAGAAGCGGCGGAAGCCUAUGAUGUAGCAGCAAUUAAGUUCCGUGGCACAAACGCUGUGACUAACUUUGACAUUACAAGGUACGAUGUGGAUCGCAUAAUGUCUAGUAACACACUCUUGUCUGGCGAGUUGGCUCGAAGGAACAGCAAGAGUAUCGUUGUCCGCAACAAUAGUGACGAGGAAACCGCUGUCGUGGACGGCGGUUCCAAUAAAGCAGUGCAUAGCCCAGAGAGGGUUUUGAGUUUUCCGGCGAUAUUUGCGUUGCCUCAAGUUGGUCCGAAGAUGUACGGAGCAAAUAUGGGUUCUUGGACGACAAACCCUAAUGCUGAGCUCAAGACCGUUUCACUUACUUUGCCACAGAUGCCGGUUUUUGCUGCGUGGGCUGAUUCUUGA